AUGGCGUGCUCGGGGCUGUCUCGGGCUGAAAUCCUACCGGUUCUCCCGGAACAGGCUGCUCUGUCUCAAGAGUUCCAAACAGGACCAGGCUCCUAUGACAUAAAGCCCAUUAAGAGAACAGAAUAUGAAAAUCAACCACCGUUCUGGAUUGGUGCAAAAAGAUUUGACCGAAAAGCAUACCGUCUCUUUUUUGGAAGUUCUAAUCCUGUUGGUGUUGGCCGCUAUGAUGCCGCAAAGCAUGAGCUAUAUCCAAAGAAAAUGAGAUACCGUUCCCUUUAUUUGAAUGAAGCACAACGUUAUCUUAGUAACUUGGAAAGGGACAAGUGUUUAAAGGAGAGGAUCACUCCUAUUAAUAAAAGUCACUGGAGCAAACAAACAUCUGCCUAAGAAAUUGUUGCAUCUGGAAAAAAAAGUACACUUAAGUAACCAAUUAUGAGCUGUGUGCCUACUUAAUUUUAGUUUGGCCAGCCUAGCUGCAGGACCUAAAAACUAAACUUGAUACACUGAGCAAACCAUGUUCUUGACCAAUAAGCUCUUGGAGAUUUGGGUGAUCACUUUCAACAUUUUUUAAAAAAAAAUCAAGGUAUUUGUUAGACUUUUGUAAUUGCAGGUUUCUCUCCUAAAAUCAGUGUGCUGCCAUAAUUAUGUCGAUAUUAAAAUUGCUAGAAACUUAAAUGCUUGCUAUUCACUUAGCAAAUACCUGCAAAAUGUUGCCCUUUAUUGAAUUAAAAAAGGGGGCUGUUGUUUCUUUGAUCCUA